AUGAACUGCCCACCUGAACAAAAGUCAAAUCUUAGUAAAGCACUUGUAUGGGAACUGACCAAAAGGAACAAUUGCUUUCUUAAAAAAAUAAAAAGCGGAAAAAAAGGGUAUUUCCUGUGUGACCCUCAUAACAUUAGUUGUAAAAACACACCAUCCAGUAGUGGCCUAGUAAAGAACGAUGGUAUGAAUCUUAGAUUUAAGAAAGGAAAAGUAGUUUUAUGUGUUAAAUCCACAGAAAAAAAUGUUGUUACAAGCAAGGAAUACAAAGCAAGGAAUUUUAAAAAAGCUGAAAAAUUAAUUGAAGAUAAUGGAAAACUAGAAAAAAAUAAAAGUAAAAAGAGAUUAUUGAAAAAAUACAAGCGUAUGUCUAAAUUAUACAACUGCAGUAAUAAAGCAAACAAGUGA